GAUUCAACGGGCCAGGCCGUUCUCUCUGUCUGCUGCCACCAGAGCCAUCCUAGGGAUGGGCAGAUGGGGAGGUGAUGGUGGGAAGCAGCAGCUGACCCUGCAGGACGUGGCAGCGCUGAUUCAGAACAAGGAGUGUCGGCGAGUGGUGGUGAUGGCUGGCGCUGGGAUUAGCACCCCCAGUGGCAUCCCAGAUUUUAGAUCCCCAGGGAGUGGCCUUUACAGUAACCUCGAGCAAUACAACAUCCCUUACCCAGAAGCCAUAUUUGAACUGAGGUAUUUCUUCAUCAACCCUAAGCCCUUUUUCACUUUGGCCAAGGAGCUCUACCCUGGCAACUACAGACCCAACUACGCCCACUACUUCUUGAGGCUCCUGCAUGACAAAGGGCUCCUCUUGCGCCUCUACACCCAGAAUAUCGACGGAUUGGAGAGAGUUGCUGGGAUCCCUCCCGAUAGACUGGUGGAAGCCCACGGCACCUUCGCCACUGCCACUUGUACAGUCUGUCGAAGGAAGUUCCCAGGAGAGGACUUCAGGGGGGACGUCAUGGCAGACAAGGUCCCUCACUGUCGCGUCUGCACUGGAGUCAUCAAGCCUGACAUUGUGUUCUUUGGUGAGGAGCUCCCACAGCGCUUCUUCCUGCACGUCACCGACUUCCCCAUGGCAGACCUGCUUUUCAUCAUCGGAACAUCCCUGGAGGUGGAGCCCUUUGCCAGCCUGGCAGGAGCCAUUCGCAGCUCUGUCCCCCGAGUCCUGAUCAACCGAGAUCUCGUUGGACCCUUUGCCUGGGGACCGCGCUACAACGAUGUAGCCCAGCUGGGGGACGUGGUCAGUGGGGUCGAGAAGCUGGUGGAGCUGCUGGGCUGGAACAAAGAGAUGCAAACGCUGAUUCAGAAGGAAAAAGAAAAGGUGGGAAGGGGCUCAGAGCUGUCCCCUCCCUCAGCCUCUUGGUUCCUUGUCCUGGAGUUGUUCUGGGGGGAACAGUUGUUCCUGCUGGGGUUGGGCUCGCACCACAGCCAUUGCUAUGCCUGCAGCCUGCAUUCAGAGAAAGUGACCGCAGAAAAGUGCAACAGAGUUAAAAAACCAGCAAACCUCAGUGCUGUUUCACAGUGA